AUGAAGAAGGUAAACAUAAUAAAUAAUCUUGAUGAACAAAUAAAAUCAUUAAAUGACAAUAACAUACCACAAAAAUAUUGUACCCCAUCAAAUAAUAUAAAUAUUCAAAAUUAUUUAAAAGAAAAUAACAUUAAGUAUAAACACCCAUCUAAUGUGUAUCUAGGUCUUAAUGAUUUAUUGAGAUUUGUUGAUAGUUUAAAUCCUUUAGAAACUUAUUCUUUUAAUCACGGAAAUAUUUAUUUGGAAAAUGGGAGAAAUGGAACAAUUAAUAAUAAGCCCAAUAAAAAUGAACAUAUAUAUAAUGAUCAAAAUUUAUUUCAACAUACCUCGAAUAAUAAUUUUUUAAGAAAUAAUUCAAGUGAAAAAACGUAUUAUACAAAAAACAACUAUGAUAAUAAUGAUAAUUAUAAAAAUUAUAAUUCCUACCAAGAAUAUAACAACCGCCAUAAUAAUAGUAAUUAUAAAAAUAGUAUUUUUUAUGAGGAUAAUAAUAAAUAUGAUAAGAAUCAAAACAAUUCCUAUAUUUGUCUGGAUAAUGAUGACCCUCAAAAAUUAAGUGAAAUCUAUGAUUCAAGAAACGCUUUAUUACAUAAAAGGGAUCAAAAAUAUACACCAAUUGACCAUAAACAAACUAUAGUAUCUGAUAAUAAGAAAAAUAAUGAAAAUAAUAUAUUGAAACGUUUGUUUGAAUGUAGAGAUAACAUGGCUAAAUGGGAUAAUAUGAAUGACCCUGAAAAAUUAAUUACUACAAAAAAUUUAAAAUUAUUAUUGUUACAUUCUCCGAAAACUAUUGAUGAUAUGAAAAAUUUAAACUUAAUAGGUUUUGGAGAAGAUAAAAUCCAAAAAUAUGGAUUUGAAUUCCUAAAAAUUUUGUUAUCCCGUUAA